AUGGCGUUGUACAUAGCGCAUAUGCGAGGCACGCACGAACUAAACCAUUAUACCCGCAACGCCAUUGAUAGCAAUACGUUUAAUACCCAACAAAGAGUUCUGCUUAAAGUGAAAACCUCGAAAUCCUUUUUAAAAUUGCUCUCGUGCAUGAUGCAUGUAAUUAAAAAGUGGAGCAACCGACCGACCAGCGACGCGUGGACUGUGCGAGCUCUCGCGUCUCCCUUAUCGAGAUUUAUUGCCAUGGGUCAAUGGUGGCUGGUGCAUCGCGGGGGGUGA